UACCAAGGUAUCACAUGUCACUCACUAGCGGGCCAUGUAGGCUAGCCUACAGUAGGGAAGUGAAUUGCACUUCCUCCUUUUACACACCACUGUUCAGCACAGCAUUUGGGUAAUAGGAGUAGCCCACAAAGUGAAAAUGGAAAGAGCGAAAACUGAACGGGGCUGUGUCCUGUAAUUGCCUAUUCACUUUGUAAGAGGAAAAAACAUUGCGGGGAAUGACAAUCGAUUCUUAUUAGAACGCUCCAACAACACCUAUUCGGCGACGAGCAGCAGAGUCAACGUAACAUUUUCAGAAAUACAAUGGCAGCGACCUAGGUCAACUUCUGGACUUGCUUUCUAAAAGGAUCAAAGAGGGGGCCUUGCAACUUUUUGAAACUUGUUGGAUACGGUGGAGCAAGGACGCAAACAUGAAGAAACAGUUUAAUCGCAUGAAACAGCUCGCCAACCAAACAGUUGGAAGAGCCGAGAAGACUGAGGUGCUGAGUGAUGACCUUCUACAGAUCGAGAGGCGCAUGGAGCUGGUCCGUCUGGUGUCCCACAACGCACACAAGAGACUGGUCACCUGUCUACAGGGUCACAUCGGAACGGAGGCAGAAAAGAGACACAAAAAGCUCCCUCUGACAGCGCUGUCCCAGGCCAUGCAGGAUGGAGGAAGCCAACUGGGGGAGGAGUCACUGAUUGGUAAGAUGAUGGAUGUGUGUGGGGAGGCAGAGAGCAGACUAGCGUCUGAGCUGAUGCAACACGAGGUCCAGCUAGAGAGAGACAUCCUGGAACCUCUCAACCAGCUAGCAGAGGUGGACAUUCCCAACAUCCUGAGACAGAGGAAACAGCUGGCUAAGCUAGUCCUAGACUAUGACUCAGCCAGAGCCAGGUGGUUGCAGGCAAGCAAGUCUAUUCACUUUUCCACCAACUACCAGGCCACGGCCGCCAAGGUUGAGACUCUCAAAGACGAGAUGGACGAGGCCCUGAACAAAGUGGAGAUGUGUAAGGACCAGCUGUCUGCUGACAUGUAUAACUUCUCCUCCAAGGAGGGCGACUACGCCCGAUACUAUGUUAUUUUGGUAGAGGCCCAGGCUGACUACCACAGGAGGUCUCUGGCUGCUCUGGAAGGAGUCCUGCCGACCAUACAGGCACAGAACGACUCAUGGAUGGAGAAGCCUGCGUACGGCACGGCUCUGGAAGAGCACCUGAAGAGGAGUAACCGUGAGAUCGCCCUGCCCUUAGAGGCCUGUGUCAUGAUGCUGCUGGAGACUGGCAUGAAGGAGGAGGGUCUGUUCCGAAUCGCUGCGGGGGCCUCCAAACUAAAGAAGCUGAAGGCAGCGCUGGACUGUUCCACCUCCCAGUUAGAGGAGUUUUACUCCGACCCCCAUGCUGUAGCUGGAGCCCUGAAGUCCUACCUCAGAGAGCUGCCUGAACCCCUUUUGACCUUCUCACUGUAUGAUGAGUGGACACAAGCCUCCAAUGUGUCUGACCCAGACAGGAGGCUUCAGGCUUUGUGGGUGGCAUGUGACGGUUUGCCAAAGAACCACAAGGCCAACUUCAGGUAUCUGGUAAAGUUCCUAGCCAAGCUGGCCCAGGACAGUGAGGUGAAUAAGAUGACUCCCAGUAACAUCGCCAUAGUGCUGGGACCCAACCUGCUCUGGUCCAAGACUGAGGGGACUCUGGCAGAGAUGGCUGCUGCUACCUCGGUCCAUGUGGUGGCCAUCAUAGAACCCAUCAUCCAGCACGCUGACUGGUUCUUCCCAGAUGACGUGGACUUUAACGUGUCGGGCAUGUUCGUGGCCAUGACCCCUGAACCUGACCCAGGCCCUUUCGAGAGGCGACGCCCCGGAAGCCUGGUGGACGGGGACACCCCCCGCAAAGACAGCCCCGCUCCUAACAAACUGGGCGACCCCACCCCCACCCCACGUAGAACUGCCACUCUAAAUAGAAAACAGCACCAUCAUGCUUCUUCGCCCGCCUUCCAGCCCCCUCUACCACCGCCAGAGGCUGGAGGAGUCACCCAGACCCAGCCUGUGGCUGAGCCCCAGACCCAGGAGCAAACUCUGUGUGGGAGUACGGAGGCUGGCCAGCCUGGCCUGGCUGGGGGUGGUGGGGGUGGGGGUCAGGGUGUGGCACCAGAGGUCCAGGUGACCACAGGGCAGCAGCCUCUGCCUCUUACCCAGCACAGCGCUGAGGAGAAUAGCCCUGGCCAUGACCCCACCACCACCCCCGCUCCCCUGAGGAACGGGGGCUCCCAGCUCACCGUGGGGACGCCCCACUCCCAGGCAGGAUGCAGGGGUCCUAGCCCCCACAUUGGACGCAGAGGUACUAAGAAGCAAGCCCCUGCCCCACCCAAACAGGCCAACCCCUUUGUAGCUAAUGUCUCUACCCUUGGCCACAGUCCCGCGCCUAACAACCCCUACCCCCUCAUCGCUCCACGACGCCACUCUGGUAAAGAAACCCCCAUCCACGCCCCCAGCCACCCGCCCCCACAGCCCCCUCAGUCUCAGGGGGAGUCAGACCCCUCUCCGCCCCACACCCCCACACCCCCUAGCACCCCUCCUCACGAUGGUCCAACCUCCACCCCCUUCACCCCUCUAUCCUCCUUCCACUCUGGCUCCCUCCCUCGCCCCACCAGGCCGGCUCCGAAGCCACGCUCCCGACCUACAGUUCCCCCGCCCCGUCAGCCGCCCACCAAUGACGACAGCAACGGGCCCAGCGGCUCUGCCUCCAAGGUCAUCACCGAUGCCAGCCUGAACUUGAAGGGGAUUGGCCGAGCCCUUAUCCCUGAAAUUAUGGUGGACAUACAAGGGGAGAGCUCUGCUGGUCAUGAGCCCUCCCCGUAUCCAACCCCACCCUUGGACCCUGAGAUCCAAUCAGAGAGCACCAGUCUGUGAAAGCGGGAGGGAUCACUCCAACUGACAUCACCAAAAAACAUUCUGCCUCUGCCCAAUUGGUCAAUAUGCUAGCCAUUCAUCCAAUCGCCGUAGUCGCCGUAGUUACUCCAUAAUCCAAACUCAACACUGUUGGCAUCCACCACCCAACACCCUCAACACCAACACCCUUCCAUCCAUAAACCAUCAACAGUAUUGGAACUGGACCACAGGAUCACCCCAUGUUCAUUGAACCUUCGUUCUGCUAAACAUGAUAGGAAGUUGGCCUGCAGCUAGAGAUGCCACUGUAGCUUUCUAUUAAAUCAACCAAGCCUGUACUGGGACUGGACAAUAUAUAUAUAUAUAUAUAUUAAAAUAUAUAACCACUGAACUCCAAUGCUGGUGAAGCUGUAAUGUUAUGACCCAGUACCUGGAAGCAUCUGAUGCAAAUCUGAAUAUACUGUUUCAUCUUUGGAUCCAUUGUAGAAUGUUGACAUUGAAUUGGGGCUGGGUGGGAGGCUAAGCUUGUAAACCUAAAAGCUCAGAACUGGUAUGAUGUAACUUUCCUCCCUGUGGUACAUGGUAUGGUGGUUGUAGGAAGAUUCUUUGAAUGGAAAUUGCUCAUUUGUAUGUCCUCAAUGCAUUACCUAAGAUUGUCUACAAAACUGCAAUUUUGCCCCAUUUGAGAACUUUCUUUAAUGGUUUUUAAUGGGCCAAGUAAUACAAAUGUAAUGCAGAAAGUGCUAUUGAUGAGCAAAUACACAUGGUGAGCCCAAAGAAUCCUAUAAAUUGCCAUACUUGAUUUGAUGAGAGCUCUCAAGGACCAAAGAUGCCAGUUGAUGAAUAAGUACAUUUGGUGAGUGUGCUGCUUUGUGUUUGUAAUAUAAAUGUUUUAAUAGUUGCCAAGGACCAAAUAAGUAUCAAUGAGGAGGCCAAUUUAAUUAACUGCAUUCGUUUCACACUGUGUCUUCUCCACUCCCAAUAUUCACCCUGUUUCAUUUGUUGUUGUUUUUAACCUUUCUUACCGCAAUAUACUAUAGGACUGUGUUUUAUUCAACAGAGCUGAAUUCAAACAAAACAGUCACCCCUGCCAAAAAUGUGUAUACCAAUCACAGAUUUCCCCUUUAAAAGAAAGGUUAUAUAAGAAAAGUGAUUGGAUAUUCCCUGCCACAGAUUUCCCCUUUAAAAGAAAAGUUAUAUAAGAAAAGUGAUUGGAUAUUCCCUGCCACAGAUUUCCCCUUUAAAAGAAAAGUUAUAUAAGAAAAGUGAUUGGAUAUUCCCUGCCACAGAUUUCCCCUUUAAAAGAAAAGUUAUAUAAGAAAAGUGAUUGGAUAUUCCCUGCCACAGAUUUCCCCUUUAAAAGAAAAGUUCUAUAAGAAAAGUGAUUGGAUAUUCCCUGCCACAGAUUUCCCCUUUAAAAGAAAAGUGAUUGGAUAUUCUCUGCCACAGAUUUCCCUUUAAAAGAAAAGUUAUAUAAGAAAAGUGAUUGGAUAUUCCCUGCCACAGAUUUCCCCUUUAAAAGAAAAGUUAUAUAAGAAAAGUGAUUGGAUAUUCCCUGCCACAGAUUUCCCCUUUAAAAGAAAAGUUAUAUAAGAAAAGUGAUUGGAUAUUCCCUGCCACAGAUUUUUUUUUUUUUUGAGAAAUGAUUUGUUUUGAUAUCCGUUUUGAUUUAAUUUAGCUCAGGAAAUGGACAAGCAACAGAACAAUAUCCCAGGUUUUAUUUUAUUUUAUGAUUACUUUUCAAAUUUAGGAUGUUAUGUUGACAAUCUUUAGUGGGUCACCUGGCUUCUCACUCUGCUUGUGAUUAUUGCCUUUUUUUCACUACAUUGCACGUUUUGAAUGUGAUUUGCUUGUUUUCUGCCCGUGUCUUUUCAACCUGAAAAUGAACAAAGAUUUUCGAUAAUGAGUGAAUGGAUCCUCCACUGUUUGUUCAUAUUAAAGGAAAAUUGUUUUGGGUAUUAUUACUCUAAAUAAACAAAACAUGAAUUAAAACA